CGUCAGAUUUCCUAAACAUGGCGACUUAAGGUAGGUAAACUUCCUAAGGUUGGCGAAGUUUUUUGUUCCUUUCCCUCGAAAUGGACGGACAGGAAAGGUUAUCCAACACUGAAAGCUGGGAGGAAGAAUGUGAAGAUGCUGCCGAGCGCGAAUUAAACGCUUUGGAAGAAAAACUAGCAGCGGAAAGGGAAGAGAACUCGCAAAGAAUUUGGCUGUCGUUUCAAAACGCGGCGAACGCAGUGGCUCAGUUGUUCAGAGAGCGGGGAGAAAAUUUGAACGGAUCGACACUUUGGACACCAUUUCAAGAAACAGCAAAUUUGGUCACGAUACUUUACAAAGAGGGAAUCGAUACCAGCAAAAGACAUUUUGAUGCUGGUUACCAACUAGGACAUAAAAAGAGAAAUCGCGAAGUUAUUGCUUGGGCGAAGAAGAAAAAAAGGUCGAUUAGACGAGAUGAACUUUUGUCAUAUCUUAGUGGAAAAUCGCCUCCCCGUUACCAGAGGGCCGACUCAAUUGAUGGGAAAUCAUCUGAGGAUAUGCAAUGUCCUAAUUCCUUAUUGCAACCUGUUAUAUCUAAUGUAGGAUUUACUGGUUGGAGUAAAAGACGAGGGUCUCGAAUGGAUGGUUUUGACGACGAGUUGGAUGAUAGAGAAAUAUUACGUGAAUCACGUAAAAGGUCCCUUAGCAACCAGGAUGUUGUUAUGGAAGCAACAAUGCACAAAAAAUGUAAAUUUUUCUAGCAAUUUAAUGUGAUGUUUUAUGGAUGUAUUAUUGUUAUCAUAAAGGCAUAACUGAGAAAGAAUUAGUGAAAUGUAUUAUAAAAUAUAAUCUAGUACUUUUCAACAACUUAGGCAGAUAGUAGUCAUGUAAAUUUGCAGUACGAACGGCUCGUUUAUUUUGUGUGCAAAGUGAAAUUGAAGUCUGUCAUGCUCUUUCAUAGUUCUGUUGUGUUUUUCGAAAGUAAGGUUUGUAUCAAUGAGAUAAUAAAUGAUUUUAUAUAAUAAAAUUUUGAUGAUUUC